CAGGUGGAGUGGGAGCUCGUGAUGGGUUAAAGAAUAAGUGCACGCAGCCAAUGAGGAAGAGGAGGAUGAGAUCCAACACCUCAUUGCCAUCAAGGUGGAUCGAGGCUUCUUUUUGGCGCGAUUUAGGAUUAAUCGAUCCGAAUUAGGAAGAAUGAAAACGGUUCCGUCAGUCGCAGCUUUAAUGGAUGGAUACAACAAGCGUGGCGCGUUCAGGGUCCGCCUCACAGGAGCGGGGUGUGUGCAGCAUGAGAGCCGUGUGGAGGAGCACUGAGAGGCGGACAUAUCACCUGACGGCCCCCUCCUCCCGCCACCCAACACCGGACAGAAGCGGACACCGUCGCUCCCUUUCAUCUUGUCAACGGGAGGCAGUGAACGCCUCACACACCGCGGUGCGUUCAAGGAAGGGCGCAACUUUUUUUUUUGCUUUCUCCUUCAUCUCGACAACUCUCACAGCCGAGCUUGAUUGGAGCGAACCGUCAGCUCGCUUAGUUCGCUCGGGUGACAGGAAAAAGUCCAGAUAAAGUCCACCGCCGUGAAGAUGCCGGUCCGUAGAGGCCAUGUUGCUCCACAGAACACCUUCCUGGACACCAUCAUCAGGAAAUUUGACAGUCAAAGCCGCAAGUUCGUCAUUGCCAAUGCAAGAGUGGAGAACUGCGCCAUUAUCUUCUGCAACGAUGGCUUCUGUCACAUGUGCGGUUACUCGCGAGCUGAGAUCAUGCAGAAGCCGUGCACGUGCAACUUCCUGUACGGACCCGACACCAAACGUCUGGCCAUCGCUCAGAUGGCUCAGGCCCUGCUGGGGUCAGAGGAGAGGAAAGUGGAGAUCGACCUUUACCGCAAAGAUGGUCAGUGCUUCCUGUGUAUGGUGGAUGUGGUGCCCGUGAAGAACGAAGAUGGCAUGGUGAUCAUGUUCAUCCUCAACUUUGAGGUCAUGAGUGAGGAGACACUGCAAGACGACAAACAGGAGCUCAACCACCGCCUGCCCACCUGGCUCGUCACAGGUCGCCCUCGAGGCUUCAAGUUGCGUCUUCCCCUGCUGCGCUCCCUCUCCAACAGUAAAGUGUCCCUGGACGACGCAGAGUCCGGUCGGAUCCCCGUUGCGACACCUCAGCACCCGGACGACGGCUGUCCCGAGUCCCUGGGCCUUGGAGAGUUCCUGCCCCUCCCUCCUUUACCGCCAGACCACUCGGAGCAGAUCACUGGCAGCAGGUCCGCUCUUCAAGGCUGGCCAGAAGACCACGUGGAGGACCAGCGCACUUUACUGCGCUCCGUGUGUCCGGCGCCCCCCCAGCCGCCUACUCCCCACGUAAUCCACCUGGUGGGACCCCUCACCCAGUCGUCCCCCUGCGUAGCAUCGCACCACCGCCUCAGCCUCAACCAGGACGCCUCAGGCUCCAACUGCUCUUUGUCACGUAGCCGCUCGCGGGAAAGCUUCCACAGCAUGCGGCGUGCCUCCUCUGUCGACGAGAUCGAGGCCAUGAGGCCCGACUGGGACCGGAAAAACCGGAGAGCGAGCACACGACCGGGAAGCACCGGUGCAGUGAACAGUAAGUCCAACAUACUGAACUCCACGUCAGACUCUGACCUCAUGCGGUACCGUGCCAUCUCCAAAAUUCCUCAGAUCACCCUCAACUUUGUGGAUUUCAAACCCGACCCGCUCAUCGCUCUGCCCUCGGGCGAGAUGGACAUCAUAGCACCUUGCAAACUCAUCGACCGCACGCACCACGUGACCGAGAAAGUAACGCAGGUGUUGUCUCUGGGCGCCGACGUGUUGCCGGAAUACAAACUUCAAGCUCCUCGCAUCCACAGUUGGACGGUUUUGCACUACAGCCCCUUCAAGGCGGUCUGGGAUUGGCUCAUCCUGCUGCUGGUCAUCUACACCGCCAUCUUGACACCUUACUCUGCCGCUUUCCUCCUCAACGACACGGAAGAGGUAGCCAUGCAUAUCUUUGGAUACUCGUGUUCUCCUCUCAAUGUGGUGGACCUCAUAGUGGACAUCAUGUUCAUUAUCGACAUCCUCAUCAACUUCAGGACAACGUACGUCAACUCCAACGACGAGGUGGUGAGUCACCCUGUGCGCAUCGCCGUGCACUAUUUCAAGGGAUGGUUCCUCAUCGACAUGGUGGCCGCCAUUCCCUUCGACCUUCUCAUCUACCGCAGCGGAGAAGAGACCACCACCCUGAUCGGCCUGCUGAAAACUGCUCGUCUAUUACGAUUGGUCCGCGUUGCGCGAAAAUUGGACCGCUACUCGGAAUACGGCGCGGCUGUGCUCUUCCUCCUCAUGUGCACCUUUGCUCUCAUCGCUCACUGGCUGGCCUGCAUCUGGUAUGCUAUAGGUAAUGUCGAGAGGAAUGGCUCCAUUGGGUGGCUUCACACGCUGGGGGACCAACUUGGAAAAACCUUCAAUGAUUCCAUCCCAGGUUCAGGGCCUUCCAUCAAAGACAAGUACGUGACAGCUCUGUACUUCACCUUCAGCAGUCUGACCAGCGUCGGUUUUGGAAAUGUCUCCCCGAACACGAACUCAGAGAAGAUCUUCUCCAUCUGCGUCAUGCUCAUAGGAUCUCUGAUGUACGCCAGCAUCUUCGGGAACGUCUCAGCCAUCAUCCAGCGGUUGUACUCUGGGACGGCACGCUACCACACCCAGAUGCUUCGAGUGAGGGAGUUCAUCCGCUUCCACCAGAUUCCCAACCCGCUCCGUCAGCGCCUGGAGGAGUACUUCCAACACGCCUGGUCCUACACUAACGGCAUCGACAUGAACGCUGAUGAUUGGAAGACUUUGUCUCAGCAUGCAUGGUCCGACAACAUCAGGGAAAAUAGGAAUGAUGUGUUAAAAGGUUUUCCAGAGUGUCUCCAGGCGGACAUCUGUCUCCAUCUGAACCGGACUCUGCUGCAGAACUGCAAGGCUUUUAAAGGCUCCACCAAGGGCUGCCUCAGGGCACUGGCCAUGAAGUUCAAGACCACCCACGCGCCUCCCGGCGACACGCUUGUCCACGCCGGGGACGUCCUCAAUGCCAUCUACUUCAUCUCCAGAGGAUCCAUAGAGAUACUAAGAGGAGACGUGGUGGUGGCCAUAUUAGGAAAGAACGACAUCUUUGGCGAGCCUAUCAACCUGUACUCUCGACCGGGUAAAUCCAAUGCAGAUGUGAGGGCUCUGACCUACUGCGACCUGCACAAAAUAUUCAGGGAAGAUGUCCUGGAGGUCCUGGAUAUGUACCCAGAAUUUGCAGACUACUUCUGGAACAACCUGGAAAUUACCUUCAAUCUCCGUGAUACCAACAUGAUCCCUGGCUCUCCCAGCAGUGAUGAGUCGAAAUGUGGAGGCUUCAACAAAUUACGCAGACGCAAAUUAUCAUUCCGGAGGCGCACAGAGAAAGAUGAUGCCAAUGCCGGUGAAAUAAAAAAGAGCCAGAAGUCUGUAAAUCGAAGAAGAGAGAGAGAAGCGAGUCACAACCAGAAACGUCAGGAGGCAGCGAAGAGACAGUAUCGGAGCUCGGUGUCUUCGCACUCCAGUGGUGACGAGGGAGAUGAAUCUGUUGUAACUGGCCUCACUCCUUCCUCUGCAAUGUUGGACAACCCACAUGGUCAGUCCACACCCAAACGUUUCUCGGAGCACACAGACGCGGAGGCAGAGGCCAAGACUGGCAACACCUGCAAUGCAUUGUCAGGUGCUCUCUCGGGUGUGUCCAACAUCUUCAGUUUCUGGGGGGAGAAUCGAGGGGGCGGUCAGUACCAGGAGGUUCCCAGCUGCAGCCUGGCCUCUCCCCCACCCCUCGACACACCUUUGCACAGCUUGAGCCGCCAGCAGCGCAACCAGCUGGACACACGCCUGGACCUGUUGCAGAAACAACUUAAUAGGUUGGAGAAUCGCAUGUCAGCAGACAUGGGAACGAUCAUGCAGCUGCUGCAGAGACAGAUGACUAUGGUGCCACCUGCCUAUAGUGCUGUGUCAUCACCGCCUCAGGCCUUCCUGUACACUGACCCGGGUCCUGGAGAGAAACUGGUUCCCCCUGUUACACCUUUGGAGACAAACACCUCGGCCUCUCUAUCCCAGAUCUUGGAUUCUCAGGAUUUUGAAGAAUUUCCAGUGAAAUCGCUUGAAUCGCUUGAGCCACAGGACUCUCCUUUGAUCAGCACCAACCAGAAUCAGAUUUCUUCCCCUGGAUUGGACAGUUUGGGACAACAUCUGGAGUUUGAGCUUGGACUAGGAACUGGGGGCGCUGCAAAUUUAGGACCAUCAGUACGUUUAGAUUUAGAGAAUACUGCAGCAUCGAGUUCACAACCUGGGUCGGGCGCAAGUUUUAGAACAGGGUUGGAAUUGAGAUCAGGGUUGUCUACCAAGGUUGGGGUCGAGCAAACGGCUGAAGCGGAGCUGUCUUUCCGGGAUUCUGACACCCAAAGGAGGCUGUCCCUUCAGGAGUCACAAACACCUAUGGACUCACGGACACCACAGAGACACAGUUCUGACCCAGGAGGGAGGUAGGGAAGCGUUGAGGAGCAGAGAAGAGGAAGGUUCUACAAAAGAGAUGUUGUAUCCUACUGGAGCCUUGUGGAACGUUUGAUUGUGUCUUCACCAACGACUCCCCCUUGUCAAAGCAAGGUUGCAUCGUUCGCUAAGACCUUUGGGUGAAGUAGGAUUAACGUCUCUGUCCCUUUCCCUCUUACACGAUUCUUCCCCUUCAAGAGCUUUCAGAACUCAAACAGUGAAACCUUUAAUCAACAUCCCAAAUGGAGCUUGAGGGUGACAUCAUUGCACUCUCAGAUGACUGCAAUCCUAUCGGAGUAUCUCAACCUGUAGGAGUAUCCCUUUACUGCUGGAUCCAGUCUCGAUGACUUGUUGAGAACAAACGCAGCAGACAGAAUCUUCAUGAAAUGAAACAAGUAGCCAUCAUGUCUUGCACUGAAAACAAUUAUUCUACUCUUUGUGUCAGUGGCGCUUCCGAAAACUAAGUUGGUAAAAAUGUAGUGUUAGCUGGCCUAACAGGAAACCUGCUGUCCCCUUUCUGUCGUCGCUUCCUUUUACCCUGAUGUCCCGCGCCAAGAGGCGGCGAGGACAAGCUUCCCAAGAGUGCACUUGACUUGGUUUGCACUUCAGGGGUUGGGAACUGGAGCUUUCAAAAGCCAUGCAUUUUCUUGAUGAACAUAUCAGCUGCCCGACCAGGACCGUUGGCGACAAACACCGCGGCGUCACAGACACCUGUCACCGUGUCGCUGGCUAAACAAACACGGAAUCCCACUUUUUUUUAACUCGGUAAGCUUUGAGUUUGCAGAUGAGACAGCAGUUUUAAGUUUAUCAUUGUUGACUUUGCUACCUCAGAUUUCACUGGUUCAUCGUUUUGGUUUUUCACCCUCGACGCUUUAUCUUGUAAAUAGCAGUUAUCACACGUAAAUAUACAAGUUUGCGACAAGACGAAUGCGCCAUUAGUCUAUAUAUACUUCUUUAUGCACUGGCAAGAAAACAUGGGUGAGUGCGCUUUAAUACGAUUAUGUAGCGUGUGAUUGUAUACUCGUUUUUGUGUGGCUCGGUACGUCAACGCAAACCCAUCGAGGCAUUUUGUUGUUUGUGUACGUCGAGCCAGCCCACGUAUAAAUCCCUUUAACAGGAAGUUCCAAAAUACUUGUUCUUCUGCCCAAGAUUUUUAAGUACAAACCUUAUAAUGUUCCAGUUUGACCAAGCAAGCAUCGUUUUCUUGCCUUAAACGAGCAAACAUCCUAAGAGGUAUGUCGAUGUUCGGACACACAGGGUGUAGAAGAAUCCGAGUUAUGUGCAAACAGAGAAAGUUUGCUGUACGGUUUAGCUUUAGAGCUGCUAAAAGCAAAAUGUAACUUCAUUUAAGUCAGCACCGAUUGAGUCCUGACUAGGGGUGUGACGGUACGCCACAAUCAGGGUUUGGUACAGCCAGGGAACAAAAUGCAAAACGUAAAACCGCCAUUUUGAUAUGUUUUGUACAUUAACAAUGCUCAAACCAAUCCAGUGUAGGUCAAUGUAUGCUAAACUCCGGGUGGGAAACGUUCGAUUUAAUUAUGGUUCAGGGGCUACAAUUCAAUUAUAAAUCGAUUAUUAAUGCAUUUGUAUUAUUAUAUAGCCGAGGUUACUGUGGUUUAUCCGUUAGACAGUGCU